AUGGCGCUGCAGAAGCACCUGGAGGCUCUUAGCGUCUUCCAGUGGGUCCUCACCUACCUCUUCUUUGGUAAGUUGGGUGGGUGGGAGAGGGGCAGGGGGUGCUCAGGGAAGAGGGGCAGCUUGGCCUCCUCCUCUUCCUGGGGCCAUGGCCCUUGGGAGCUCCUCUGGCAGGCCAGGCCCCUGUAAUAAACUUAAAUCUUCCCUUAUUUCCUUAUGGGGGACACAAGAGCCCUUAGAGAGUCCUUUGCAGGUUCUCCAUCGGUCAGAGAAAAGAACAGAGGCCAACCAGAGAAUAUUGAGAAGCAAAGCAGCUAGUAAGCCUGACCUUUAUUGAACUGUUGCAACAGGGUGCCCCCUUCACACGCAGGAGGAGGAGGACCCCGAACCAAGGUGUGCCUGCCUUUAUAUAGACAUUUUAAAUUGGCCGCCCUGGAGUCCAAGACCACCCCCAGAUACAUCAUGCCUACAUCGCAGAAAGGGCGGUCUACAGCAGAAAUCUGAGUGCGUUGUUUACCUCCUGUCUGGCAGGUUACCUGUUAAUGCUCACUUGAUUGGAUACCCUGGGGAGCCUGGCCAGUCUUUUGUGGUGACAAAUGCUUAGUUCCUGGGCCAGGUCACAGGCUCACACCCUAUUCAAACACAGACAUACCCUUAAGACAGGAUUUGUGAAGGAAAAGACAAUGGGGAGGUUUUUCCAUUUUUCUUUAACCUUGCAGAGAAAUCGUUUGGUCAGUUUGGGGGUCAAAAUGGUGCCAGGGAUGUUUUCCUGUGCUGCUUCAGACAUGUGGUUUAUAUAUUUAUGUACGUGUUUGAUUGGUACAUUUAUGAACAUUUAUUAUAUAUAUAAGACCUUAAUUUUUUUUAUUUCACAUCCUUCCCCCAAAAGCCAAACCCCCUCUUCUUUUCAAAGCACCUUUCCGCCAGGUGAGUCUGGACUAGGGAGUCAGCACCGCAGGGGGUUGGGCUAGAUGGCCCUGGGGUGCCCCUUCCAACCUAAAAUGUUCUUCUGGGUUUAGGGGGGCUUCAGAUCAAACCCUCGGGGGUCCCGUGAAAUCGGGGUUGUGGUCCCAGGCAGGGCCUCUGAAUCCCAGUGAGGGGGAAGCGCUGCUCUUGCGCUCAGAGUUGGGCGAAAUAUCGAUAUAUCAUCCAAAACCGGUUUGAAGUCCACAUUGUGAUAUUGUUUUUUUUAAAAAAUAAAUUUAUUUAUUUAGUUUUUCAAAUCAGAAUUUUGCAAUGACAUAUGCAGCAUACAACAUAAAAACAAGAAUCCACAGAAUCUCCAGGACUUCUUCCCUCCCCCCCCCCCCAGGUGCCUUCUUCUCCGUUCUCCUGGCCUACCUGCUCUUCACCUCCUUCUGGCCUAUCAGUGUCUUGUAUUUCGCCUGGUGGAUCUUUGACUGGGAUACGCCACAGAGAGGUGAGUUCGAUUCUCCCCAACGAGGGUCGGAUUGGGGUUUGAUGAGGCCCUAAGCUACUGAAGGUGAUGGGGCCCUUUAUAUGUCCACAACAAUUUGUCACUGUUUUUUGUGUUGAAUAUAUGCUAUAAGGUAAUUGAUGGACCUCAUAGGUAUCUAAAGCCAUGCAAACAGUCCAUGCAGAUCGUAAGGUAAAGGGACCCCUGACCAUUAGGUCCAGUCGUGGCCGAUUCUGGGGUUGUGGCGCUCAUCUCGCUUUACUGGCCGAGGGAGCCGGCGUGCAGCUUCCGGGUCAUGUGGCCAGCAUGACUAAGCCGCGAACCAGAGCAGCACACAGAAAUGCUGUUUACCUUCCCGCCAGAAUGGUACCUAUUUAUCUACUUGCACUUUGACGUGCUUUCGAACUGCUAGGUGGGCUGGAGCUGAGACCGAGCAACAGGAGCUCACCCCGUCGCGGGGAUUUGAACCGCCGACCUUCUGAUCGGCAAGCCCUAGGCUCUGUGGUGUAACCCCCAGCGCCACCUGCGUCCCAGAUGCAGAUCGUAGGUACCCUAUAUAUAGAAAUGAGCAAACCAGGGAUAUUUUAGGGAACAGGCUAGCAGGCGGGGCCCGUGACUUACAUCACAGGAGCCUACACAACACAAAACACUCUUCCUGUAGGUAGGGUUUAUUUUAUUUGUUUUUUAUCUUAUAUUUCGGAUAUGUACAUCCAGGUUUUUUUCCUUUAAUUUUUUUGGGGCCCCCAAGGGAGUGGGGCCCUAAGCUAGAGCUUGUUUAGCUUAUAGGUAAAUCCGGCACUGCCCCCAACCCUACCCGGAGGUCAGGUGAAAGGCGCCUCUCCUUGUCUGAGAAGGGUGCUGAGCCCCACACCCAGACCCACACAGCUGGAGCUGCUGCUUCACCCUGCCCCUCCUCCUGCAGCUCACCCCCUUCCACUGGGGCAGCUUGCAACCAUCCCAAACCUGUUUUCCUCACUGCUAUUUACUGUUUUCUGUUUUCCAAGACAGCCUCCAAUAAAAGACACAACGGCAGAAGGCAUUUAAUUUCUCUUUCUCUGUAUGAAGGGCAGAAAAAUCAGCCGCAUUUAUUUAUGUAUUUAUCAUUACUUAUUAAAUUUUCCUAUAAAAACACACACGAAAUCCUGUAAUUGACACAAAUCAAAAGAACCCUCCCCAAAAUAUAACAUGGAAUCAGAGUUGGAAGGGACCCCAAGGUACAUCUUACUCCUCAUUAUUGAUUGAUUGAUUAUAAUUUUAUUUAAACCCUGCCCAUCUGGCUGGGCUGCCCCAGCCACUGUGGGCAGCUUCCAACAUACACACACAACAAUAAUAAAACAUCAAGUAUUAAUAGUAACAAUCAGAUCCUACAUAAAAAGUCACAAUAACUUUGAAAUAACAUACCAAGUAAAGCAAUAUGCAAUAAUCCAUUGGAAUCCAAUAAUAAACACUAAAAUUAAACAUCAGCACGUCAUAAUUAAAUGAAUUUUUAAGCAGAGGUUGGGUGGUCAUCUGCCAGGGAUUCCUCAGCUGCGAUUCCUGCAUUGCAGAGGGUUGGGCUGGAUGACCCCUGGGGGUCCCCUUCCAACCCCACAGUUCUCUGACUCCGUCCCCUGCCUGAACCCUUGCCUUCGCAGGUGGGCGCCGCAGCGACUGGGUGAGGCGCUGGAGAGUCUGGGAGCUCCACCGGGAUUAUUUCCCCAUCAAGGUAUGAGAAGGGGGCUGGUAGGGUCUCUGGAACCCCCGGAGACCAGAUCACGGACAAGGAGGAGGUGGUGGCUGUCAAAGGCUGCAGGCCAUGGAAUCUGCGCAUGCCCACCAAUGGAAAACGGGGCACGCCUCUGAUUGUGACAUUCAGGUGUGAGAAGGGGGCUGGCAGGGCGACGGAGGGUCUGCCUUCCUCCGAAGGAUGCCCAGGGUCUCUGGAACCCCUGGAGACCAGAUCACAGAGAAGCAGGAGGCGGCGGCCGUCAAAGGCUGCUGGCCAUGGAAUCUGCACACUGACAUUCAGCUGGGGGUCCAAAUGCCAAAGGCCUCGCCCCUCUUGCCUUGCAGCUGGUGAAGACGGCCGAGCUGCCCCCGACGCGGAACUACGUCCUGGGCUACCACCCCCACGGGAUCAUGUGCGUGGGAGCCUUUUCCGCCUUUUGCACCGAGGCCACGGGCUUUUCCCGCACCUUCCCUGGCCUCCGUCCCAGCCUGGCCCUCCUCGCAGGGCUGUUUCGCAUACCCGUCUUCCGGGAGUACAUGAUGAGCUCAGGUGAGGCCAACGGGGCGAGGAAUGGUGGGGGUGGGGAAGUGGGGUGACCCCUCCUCUAAGGACCAUCUUCAAGAACCCUGGCCUGGCCCAUCCAAUGGGAAGAACCACCCCAGUCUCAGGAAUGCCCUCCCAGUGCCCCUGGGAAUAGAAUUCCCCAGCAAGAAUGUCUGUUUUUCCUGCAAUUUCCUAUGCAAAUGAAAAGGGGCCUUUGUUUGUGCAAAUGAUGAUGGUGAUGAUGAUAAUUAUUAUUAUUAUGAUUACAGUGGUGCCCCGCAAGACAAAUGCCUCACAAGACGGAAAACCCGCUAGACGAAAGGGUUUUCCGUUUUUGAGUUGCUUCGCAGGACGAAUUUCCCUAUGGGCUUGCUUCGCAAGACGAAAAUGUCUUGCGAGUCUUGAGAUUUUUUUCCCCGCUUUCCCCCCCUUUAUCUAAGCCGCUAAGCCUUUAAUAGCCUUUUAGCAGCUAAUCCGCUAAGCCGAUAAGCCUUUAAUAGCCGCUAAACCGCUAAUAGCGCUAAUCCGUUAAGCCGCUAAUAGGGUUGCUUCGCAAGACGAAAAAACGCUAGACGAAGACACUCGCGGAACGGAUUAAUUUCGUCUUGCGAGGCACCACUGUAUUAUUAUUAUUAUUAUUAUUAUUAUUAUUAUUAUUAUUUAUACCCCGCCCAUCUGGCUGAGUUUUCCCAGCCACUCUGGGUGGCUUCCAACAGAAUAUUAAAAACACGAUAAAACACCAAACAUUAAAAACUUCCCUAAACCUUCAGAUGUCUCCUAAAAGUCAGAUACCGUACAUUCUGGCAUAUAGGACGACUUUUUAACACCGGAAAAUUCUCUAAAAUGUCAGAGGUCGUCUUAUACGCUGGGUAUGGGUUCGCUGGGCAGCGGCAGCAGGCAGCGGGCUCUGCGCCGGGAGGAAGCUGCCCAGCAAUGCUAAGCCGGUUUUGCUGGGCGGCUUCCUCCCGGUGUGGAGUGGCCAAUUUAGGGGGUCAUCUUAUACGCCCAGUUGCCUAAUACGCCAUAAUCUACGGUAAUUGUUUUUCUCUUUGACAUCUGAUAGGAGGUUGUUCCACAGGGUGGGCGCCACUACUGAGAAGGCCCUCUGCCCUGUAGCUUCACUUCUCGCAGGGAGGGAACUGCCAGAAGGCCCUUGGCUCUGGACCUCAGUAUCCAGGCUGAACGAUGGGGGUGGAGACGCUCCUUCAGGUCUACUGGGCCGAGGCCGUUUAGGGCUUUCAAGGUCAGCACCAACACUUUGAAUUAUGCUCAGAAACAUACUGGGAGCCAAUGUAGGUCUUUCAGGACCGGUGUUAUGUGGUCUCCCAGUCACCAGUCUGGCUGCCGCAUUCUACAUUAGUUGUAGUUUCCGGGUUACCUUCAAAGGUAGCCCCACAUAGAGUGCAUUGCAGUAGUCCAAGUGGGAGAUAACCAGAGCAUGCACCACCCUGGCAAGACAGUCCAGGGGCAAGGAGGGUCUCAUCCUGCGUCCCAGAUGGAGCUGAUAAACAGCUGCCCUGGACACAGAACUGACCUGUGCCUCCAUGGACAGCGGUGAGUCCAGAAUGACUCCCAGGCUGCACACCUGGUCCUUCAGGGGAGGGGCACAAUUGUCCCAUUCAGGACCAGGGAGUCCCCCACACCUGCCCGCCGCCUUUGCCCCCCAAAACAGUAGUUCUGUCUUGUCAGGAUUCAACCUCAAUCAGUUAGACACCAUCUCUCCUCCAACCACUUCCAGACGUGCUGAUCCUUUGCCAGCGACCCUUUUGCCCUUUAACCAACUCGCAGAAUUUCGGAGUUGUAGGAGAAUCGCGAGGGUCCUCUAGUCCAACCCUCCGCAAAGCAGGGAACCCCUGGAGAUGUUUCACACCCACAAGAAUGUUUGCUUUCUCCCACUUCCAGGGAUGGUCCCAGUCAACAAAAGGUCCCUGGACUUCCUCCUGAGUGGUCCCCCCGGGCACGUGGUGGCCAUCGUGGUGGGGGGCGCGUCCGAGUCCCUGGACAGCGCCCCCGGAGAGCAUCGUGUCCGCCUUCAGGGGAGGAAGGGCUUCGUGCGCCUGGCGCUGCAACACGGGUAGGGGCACCAAGGGGGCAGGGGGGGGUCCGGGGGGGGGGCGUGUUGGUUGCAGGUCAGCAAUAUCUCGGGCCUAGUGAGCAUGGCAGUGCUUCCUGGUGGAUUUUGCCCCAAUGAAGCAAUUGCGAGAACAGAAGGUCCCUGUCCUUCCUUGUUGUAUAAUUUUUUAUUACAUUUUUCUUACGUUUUCACAAUAACCUUCCUAACAAAUAAUUCCACUGUUCCAUAAGUUGGCUUCCCACCUACACAGUGUUUUUACUCAAAGCUCUUCUACUGUGCUGUAUCUUCAUCUAUUACAAAAAAAUUAGUACAGUUAUUUUGUCAUUUUUCUUCUGCUGCUUUUAUGUUGAAAUCUGUCCGUGAUUUCAUUUGACUGUAAUAUUUUUUAAGUAAUCCACAAAGUACUCCACUCUUCUGUAAAAAGUUCAUCAUUCUGAUCACUUACUUUUGCUGUGAGCUUUGCUAUUUCUGCCUAGUCCACUCCUUUGUUGGGACCUUCUCUUUUUCCCAAUUAAGUUUUCUCUUAAUGUAUAACAGGCCGUGAAUUCCAUAUGCUAAGGUCCCUGACUUCCCACAGCCUAGCCUACCUCGCAAGGUUCUUGGUUGGAUUAAAUGCUCUCCUUGACCCGACAUUCCAUCUGUGAGUUAUGAGCCAUAACCUGUUCUGCUGAACGUCUGUUUCGACUGUGAACAGCUGAGUGCUUUGGCAUCCAGCCCUCUUCUGAUGUGCCACUCUGCUCCUCCCGGCUACACAGAUAGCGUGUGUGUAGCAAACUGUUGUAGGAACGAUUCAGAGUGAAAUUCGCCAUUUUCCAAGCUUCCGCCCAGAAGCGUUGUGGUAAGCCUGAGUCAGAAAGCAUCGCUUCCACCGCUUCCUGGAGCAUUCUGUUCCGCCUUUCUGCCAUCCCGUUUUCCUGUGGUGAGUGCAGAACCGUCAACCUGUAACGUAUCCCUUUCUGGCGAAAGGAAUUCUGCAACGCAAACCCAGUGAACUCCCCACCGCGGUCUGAUUGGAAACUGGAAACCCUCAGUGAGAAUUGGAGUUCCACUGCAGUGACCCACUCCCUCAGCAUGGUGGCAGCUUCACCCUUGUCCUUCAGAGGUAUCACCCAGCUGUUUCUGGAGUAAUCAUCUGUCAAGGUUAAAACCUAUUUAGCCGCACCCAGACUUGCAAAAAGGCAUAGGGCCACAAAUAUCUACAUGAACCAUCUCAAAAGGUUUCUUGGUUACCCUGUCAGACCUAGAAUAACUGCACGUUUUUACCUUUGCCUUCUUGCAUGCUCUGCAAUCCAGGAACUUGGCACAUGACUUCAUUUUGCAUCCCUCAGUGCACCCUGGUAUUUUUCUCACAUAUCCCCAAUUGCAGGGGGACAUCCUCCUGUGCCACAAAUGAUGACUCAUAUUGUGAGUGGGAACAUUUGCACACUGUGCUUGUGCUGACCCAGUGUUACCCUUACCUGCUUGAGAUGUUUCCAGAAUAGCCUGUUAUGACAUUCAGCACUGACCAACUGGUUCCCACCCCUGGAACUAGAGCAUACAUUAUUCUCAAAGCAAACCUUAAACCCAUCUCUAACUAAAGAAGACACAGACCAUAGACAGCAUUUCAUCCCUGGGACCACAAAUGCUUCCAGUUCAGCCUGCAAAAAAGGAAGAAAAACAGAGCCAACAGUUGUCAGCUAUCUCUUGGAUCCAUCGGCAAGUGUGACUGUUUUUCCUUUGGAAACAGCUCUGCAGUUCCGCAUUUGGCCACCAGAUGGCAGCAGAUGAUGACUGGCUCCACUGUCGAUCACCCAGCGCUGUAUGUUGCUCUGGUCGCUGUCCUUCACUGUUGCCAUGGAAACCGCCAAUUGAUGUGAUGUUGGACCAAGGCCAUUGCCCCGGGCAACCAGAUUAGGUGCAACUGCUGGGUGACCUUGGGCCAGUCACACUUCUUUGAAGUUUUUCAGCCCCACUCUUCUUUUUUUUUUUAAUGAUAUUUAUUAAAAGUUUAAGAAUUACAGAAAAAAGAGAAAAAGAAAACAACAAAAAAUUUAACAAAACAUACAUUACAAUACAUAAAAAGAAAAGCAUAAAAAACAAUACAAUACAGCAAAAAAAAAAAAUAACAUUAAAACACACAUCCAAUGUUCCAUAUCUUUAUCUUUCGUUUACUUGUUUCAUCGACCUCCUCACACCUCCCUUUUUGUAUUCUAAUUUAAUUAAUUGUUUCAGCAAAUUCUUUCCAUCUUUCUCAAUUUUUGUUAUAUAAUUUAUUUUAACGAUCUAACCUUUUAAUUAACUCAACAAAUCCUUUCCAUCUUUCACUAUAUUCUGUCAUUCAAUUUACCUUAAUUUAUUUAACCUUAUCUUACCAUAAAAAAACCUUAAAACUUAAAACUUAAUACUUAUUUGUACAUAACUCCUUAUAUCAUUUCUACUAAAGCCAAAUAGUUUCAUUCCAACAUUUUUCCUAAUACUCAUUAAUUUUACACUAAUUCUCAAAAUAAAUUUUUUAAAAAAACUUUCUUCCAAUCUUCAUCCAACGUCUCUUCUUCCUGGUCUCGGGUAUUGUCAGUCCUUCUUGUCCAUUCCAUCUAGUCCAUCAACCUGGUGAUCUUAUGUCCGAGGCUCUUAAGUCUUUUCCAUGUCCCUUCUGCAGAUCUUCUUCUUGUUUAUACCUGCACUUUACUUUGUCUUUUGUUGAUCUUUUUCUUAAUUUCUUUCCUUUCUCAUUGGGGGGGUAGGUCUCGGGGGACUCCAAUCCAAAAAUAUCUCCAUCUCCCCUCAGCAGAUCAGCCCAUUCCCCACAGUCCCAUUCCCCACAGUCAACACUGUAAUCCAGGAAGUAUUUAAAAGCAUGUUUCAAAGUCCUUCCAAAAUUAAGAGCCCUCACAACUCCAGACCCCCCCUGGUCCACUCCAGAUUCAAACUUCAAGAACAGCGGCUUAUGCUCCUGCAAGGCCUCGGAUCUCUCCAUUUGUGUUACUUGAGGUUCAACAGCAACCUCCUCCAUUAUCUUCUGCACUUGCGCUUGCCCUGUCAAAACAAGUUCCUGGGCUGGUUCCUGAAUGGUUUCUAUAUGGGUAUUCGCCGUUUGUCCAAAGUUUUUAACUGCAACAGUCAUCAAAUCCAUCUUCUCAUGCAUCUGCUCCAGCAAAGCGCUUGUCUUGCAAAAAGCAAGCACCAAAACUUCUUCUAAACACAUUUUUAUUCAAGGUUAGAGUCUGGUCUCACGAUCCUAAUCUUACAGCUGUGAAAUCCCCAGAUCGACUCCAGCAACAAAUUAACAAGCUCCCUCUAGAGGAGACAAUUUCUAUUUGUAUCCAUCUUUUGAAAGCAGGACCAACAAAAGGAAAUUACUUUCAUUUUUCAAAUAUUUUGUUUCUUUUGAAUGCAAGAGGCAACACUGGAGUCAAUUUGUUUCUCUUUUUUUACUAUCUGUCAAAAGACGUUCCAUUCACAGUCGAUGAACUUCCCCAUAAAUUUCUGUCUCUGACACCCCGUUCCCAGGUUUGAGACGGUAGAAAUUUAUCUUUCUUUACUCUCUCUCCUGCAGGCUUAAACAGUCAAAAAUUCCCCCCCUUUUCUCCUGCUUCCAAGAGGGGUUUUGGUGGUGAUAACUGACGGAAAUUUAGACCUUUAUAUACGACUUUCCAGACUUUAGCUUACAAAGUUUUGCUUCAAUCUAUUUACAAAAAUGGGAGGCGGACUUCCUGUUUUGAGCCUUCCCGCUUCAGUGCCAAAUUAAAAUGUUUCUGUUGGUACUAAAGGGUUAAGAGGUAACAAGUCGCUCUAAUCACUGAGCAGCUGGAAGUCAUUAAGCAUCCAGGAAUGUGAGUUAGUUUGUAUAAAUAGUCAGUUCACCCGUGUGUUCUCUCUCUCUCCCGCCCCCCUUGACCUGACUCGCAGACUCAGUUUGUGGCCAUGGGCGUGUUUGCUAAUAUUAAGAGUUAAGUUUAGAGUAAAGUUUUCUUUAUGCCGGAGAUAAAAGCAUGUGUGCUUUAUCACCAGGGUUUUUUCUUUUGUAAAUAAAGUUUUUUUUCUGAGUUCCAAAGUGCUUGCUCCAGGAUUCUUCAUUGAAAGGUACUGACUCUCCUGCCUUCUUCAACCGCUGCACGAAAUUCUCUGCUGAGAUAAGACUUAUGGCGUUGGAAGCGCACUGGACGUUUACUUAACAUUAAACUAAUUAAAGUUUAAUGGACAGGUUAUGGGUGUUUGUACGUCAAGAAGGAGAUAAGGAGUGCAGUUCAGAGUGAUUUAUGAAAGGAAUGGAGCAAAGACAGAAGCGGUUGCCGACAACGAAAGCCUUCAAAGCAGCUUGAGUCCUGCAACGUGCCUAGAAAAAGUUUUAAACAGGCACUGCGCAGUUUGUACUCGCUGGAAGACAUCUUAUUCCUCAAGGAGCCACCUCAGCAGCUGGGAGACGGUCUACAGGUGUGUGAGUAUCGUUCCUAAGCCCCAGGGAGGAUGGCAGAGUCCCAGGAAAGUUUUGCUGUCCCGUUUACGCGACUCAAUGGGAAAAAUUGGCAAGAUUGGAAGGCUAGAGUAAGGGUUUGGUUGCAAGCAAAAGAGUUGUGGGGUUGUACUGAAGCACCGCCUUUACAGGCAGCUGCAGACGCGUCUGCAGAAGACAAAGCAGCAGCAGCAGCUUCACAGAAACGCGACAGGAAAGCCCAAGGUCUAUUAGUUUUGGCAGUGGGACCAGAGCAAAUGCCUUAUGUUUCUGAGUUAAAGAACACGCAUGAGGUCUGGACGGUUCUGCAGCGGCUAAAUUCCAGAAACACUGCGGGGCCAAGAUCCAUGCUACAAGAUGUUUGUUUGAUUUACGUCUCCAACCGGGAGCGUGUGUGAAAGAACAUAUUGCCAAAAUGGUGUCUGCCUUUAAUCAACUAAGACAGCUGGACAUUCCUUUCUCUAUGGAGCAGCAGUCAUACAUAUUGUUGUCUUCUCUUGAUAAAAGCUAUGAGACUCUAGCUUUAACUUUGGAAGCUAUGCCUUCAGCUGAAUUAACCCUUGAAUACAUUUCUUCUCGGCUUGCAGAUGAACAGGAUAAAAGGCAAAGAGAAAGAGGUUUGUCUUCAAAGGGGAGUUGUGCUGUGCCGAAGAGUGGGGAUGCUGAGUUUGAGAACACAUUAAAUGCUUUUGCAGCUAGACACUGUUUUCGCUGUGGUUCCUCUUCCCAUUUAAUCAGGAACUGCACACGUGAACCUGGUCAAGACAGCACCAAGGCCGCUACCCCUAGUUACCAGACAAGCAGUUCCAGGGGACGUCGAAGAAGAGGAGGAGGUCGUGGCUACUUCCACAGCACACAGCACAUGGCUUCAGCAAUGGCGUUGAUGCAAGGGCGUGGCCAAGGCAGCAAUCUACGCUGGUUGAUCGAUAGUGGUGCAUCUCACCACCUGGUGGCGCCAUCUAGUGUCCGUUUGCAGAAUUGCAGGCAUUUGCAAACCCUUAAAGUUGUGACAAUGGCAGAUUCAACUAAACGUUCCUUAGAGACCGUAGGCACAGUGUUCUUGAAUUGUUUGCAUACAGAAAUUGAUCCCUAUGUGCUAAAGGGAAUGAAGGGGUGUAUUUUGUCUGUGUCAGAACUUGAUAGAGAUGGGUUUAAAACUGUGUUUGAAAAUGGGGUUUGCACUAUUUCAAAGAAUAACGUAUCUCUUUUGCAGGUGGAAUGCAGAAAUGGGUUAUAUUAUUUUGAGACAAGUCCAGAUGAAGUUGAACAGGUUCAUGCUGGUUGUGUAAACUCGCCUACCCAUAAUUCUUGUGUUCAUUUAUGGCACCGCCGUUUGGGACAUAUUAAUUUUCAGUAUGUUAAAAGGCAACCUGAAUUAUCAGAAGGGUGCGAAAUGAACAAAUGUACUAAGUAUUUGGAUUGUACUGCAUGCAAAAGGGCGAAGGUUCAUAGAUGCAGCUAUCCCAGUUCAGAUAGGAAAUCUGACAAAGUAUUCCAACUUGUGCAUAUGGACCUAUGUGGCCCAAUGCCUGUUGCUAGCAUGGGAGGUUCGAGGUAUGCACUGUGUCUCUCGGAUGACAAAACAAAAGUCACAUGGUUUUUCCUCUCAAAACAAAAGCAGAUACUGCAGAAACAGUUAAAAAUUGGGUUCAUGCAGUAGAACUUGAAUUCGGUACUAGAGCACUUGCUUUUCAGACAGACAGAGGGUUAGAAUUUACUGGGUCUGUGUUGCAGAAUUUCUUUAAGAAAAAGGGAAUUAAGCAUCGUCUGUCUACACCUUAUUCCCCCCAAGAAGGAGGCGUGGCCGAACGCAAAAACAGGGUUCUGCAAGAGUUGACAAACUCUAUGUUGUUUGAUUCUAAACUCCCUCAAAGUUACUGGGCGGAAGCCUGGCAGACGGCUACUCAUAUUCUGAACCGAGUAUAUAAUUCGGUAAUUGAUACUACGCCAUAUUUUGCGUUAUACGGGAAGAAGCCCAAAGUUAAUUACUUUCAGGUGUUUGGAUCUCAAGCUUAUGUACUUAUCCCAAAAGCGUUAAGGAAAAAGGGAAGUCCAAGGGCUAGGAAACUCAUCUUUUGUGGGUAUGAACCACAUGCCAAAUCUUGGAGGUUCGUGAACCCAGAUGGGGAUACUACAAGAGUGGUCAUCAGUAGGAGCGCUGAAUUUUGUGAGCAAUCCGGAUGGACUCACUUACAUGCUAACCCUGACAUUUUGAGAGAUGAUUUAGGCAUUUAUGCUGAGAAUGAAAGUCCAGAGGGUGGUGAGCCAGAAGGGGAUGGUGCACAUGGUUCAGAUGCAGAUUCUGACCAGGCACAAGGUUCUUCUCCUAAGGUAGAAAAGCCAGAAUCUAGGAGUGUUCCAACAUCGCCAGUCAGUAGGCCUAGCAGGACAGCAAAAGCGAAGCAGGUCGCCUGCAACACCAAGCCCAAGGGAGGUAUCUAAACGGAGGUCUUUAUCCCUAGGGGCGCAUCCAGAUAUAAAGUCUGAGACAGAUUCUGACAGCCAACGGUCAGAGGGGGCACAAGAGGAACAAUUGCGCAGAUCAAAACGUGCCACAAAGGGCAAACCACCAGAGCGGUUUAAGGUGACAAGUGUAUACAUAAAUAUGGCACAGUGUGAGCCAGAUAGCUAUAUAGAGGUACAACAGCUUCCAAGCUCAGAAGCCAUAAAGUGGCAGGAAGCAAUGGAAAAAGAGAUGGCUUCAAUGAAGUCUCUCGGUGUGUUUACAAGUACAGAGCUUCCGAAAGGGCAACAAGCUGUAGGUUGUCGAUGGGUAUAUCAUUUAAAGCCCACAACUACUGAGGAGUUGCAAUAUAAAGCCCGACUAGUUGCAAAGGGAUUUUCGCAGCGCAAAGACGGUUUUACAAAAGCUUUGAGUCCGCAAUCUCAUAAAUGUUUCUGUUCAGGUUUAAAUUUGAAUUAAUGUUGGUACAGCUCAGUGUUACGAGUGAGAGGGGGUGUUGGUACUAAAGGGUUAAGAGGUAACAAGUCGCUCUAAUCACUGAGCAGCUGGAAGUCAUUAAGCAUCCAGGAAUGUGAGUUAGUUUGUAUAAAUAGUCAGUUCACCCGUGUGUUCUCUCUCUCUCCCGCCCCCCUUGACCUGACUCGCAGACUCAGUUUGUGGCCAUGGGCGUGUUUGCUAAUAUUAAGAGUUAAGUUUAGAGUAAAGUUUUCUUUAUGCCGGAGAUAAAAGCAUGUGUGCUUUAUCACCAGGGUUUUUCUUUUGUAAAUAAAGUGUUUUUUCUGAGUUCCAAAGUGCUUGCUCCAGGAUUCUUCAUUGAAAGGUACUGACUCUCCUGCCUUCUUCAACCGCUGCACGAAAUUCUCUGCUGAGAUAAGACUUAUGGCGUUGGAAGCGCACUGGACGUUUACUUAACAUUAAACUAAUUAAAGUUUAAUGGACAGUUUCUUAAUCCAAUUUUCCGUUCUACUCACAGGUACUUGUUUAGAGUCCAAUUGUCCACAGGAAAAAGUCAGCGCUCUCCGGCAACGGCUGUGCGGCUUCACUCCGUAAAAGUAGCGGUUGAUUCAAAACACCGCGCCACUCACCCCAUGUCGCUUCGUAUCCCCGAAAAAGGGUUUCCCUGCGAGUAGGGGAGGCGCUCCUGGUGUCAGCCGAAUCCCACGUUCCCAGGCUUCCUCCGCCUGGGAUUUUUAGAGGGUCUCCGCCUUCGCCGCGGCGGCAAGACCUGAUUUUCACAGAGCGGGUUCCUCUCGGUCAGAGGAACUCCGCCAUUGCCGAUGGCGCUAACCCCGGAAGUCCUCUCAGCCCCACUCACCUCACAGAGUGUUUGUUGUGGGGGAGGAAGGGAAAGGAGAAUUUUAGCCGCUUUGAGACUCCUUAAAGGGAGUGAAAGGCGGGAUAUCAAAUCCAAACUCUUCUUCUUCUUCUAAGAAGCGAUUUAUCGUACAGCAGCAAAAUAAAUCAACGACCCAGGAGAGCGUGGCGACAUGCUGUCUCUCCCUCUCUCAAAGCAGAAAGUAAAUUCUUCCUUCUCUUCCUCCUCGCAGCGCUGACCUGGUGCCCGUUUACACCUUUGGGGAGAAUGACAUUUACCGACAGAUCCGGUUCCCUGAGGGCAGCUUCGUUCGCCGCCUCCAGUUCGGUUUCAAGCAGCUGAUCGGCUUCGCCCCUUGCCUCUUCAGUGGGAGGGGCCUCUUCUCCAGCAGCUCCUGGGGGAUCCAGCCCAUGGCUGCCCCCCUCACGGUGGUGGGUAAGGACCCACAAGGCUCCUCGUUCCUUCCUUAGCCUUUGCCCUGCACCCCAAAAUCCUCACCAACCUGAUUGCAAAGAGCCACAAACUCUUCAGCAUCGUACAAAACAGCAUGUUCUGGUGCAUCUCCCUUUCGCCCUCUCCUAGAACUGAAUCGGAGACCUGUGGAGUUGAAUGGGACCCCCAAGGGUCAUCUAGCCCAACCCCUCUGCAAUGCAGAAAUCAACGAGCCGCCUCGUUUUAUGGGGCUUGCUAUGGAGGGAGCUGCCAUUGUGUGCGUGCAUGCACACACACACCGACUUCCUUCUCCCCUUCCUUGGAGGUUUCUAAGCAGAGGUUGGUUGGCCAUUAAUCAAGGGGUUGGGCUAAAUGACCCUUGGGGUCCCCUCCAUUCCUGCACCUAGGCCACCCCUAAAACCCAAGGCCAGGGUGCAAAGCUACUGGGGUGGGGAGGCCCUGGCUGCCAUGGGGUGGGGGCGAGGGACAGAGCAGACCCCCCAACCGCCCAUGCUUCUUCUCCUUCCUGCAGUGGGGACGCCUAUCCCGGUCCCGCUCCGCCCGCGCCCCACCGAGGACGAGGUGAACAGCUUCCACGCUCUCUACGUCCAGGCCCUGAAGGAGCUCUUUGACGCCCAUAAAGAAUCCUGCGGCCUCCCGGCCUCCCAGCAGCUCCUCAUCACCUAGAGGGACCCAGACGUGACCCGAAGCAGCAUCAGGGGACGCAAGGUUGUGAUGGGGAGAGACACGCGGGAGACUUUGUUCCUCCCAUCCCCGUCUGUACACACUGAUACGGAAGGGGGGCAUAUCUUCUUCACCCUUUCGCCGGUCACCAGAGGGUCCGAGGCGAUGACCUCAAGGGCACCCAGCCCCACAUGGACCCCUCAGCCCCCACACCAUUGCACAAGCACCACACUUUACCCCAAGCCCCAUAAAUAAAGUGCCUUUCCCCCUUUUCCUACACUGAUCCGCUAUUACGGGCAAAAUAAGCCCAAAGUCUUAUGCCCUCCCUCCCGCUCUAUUUUUGCUAUGGGUAGACCAUAUAAAGUUGUACUUCCUAUCUGUUGAAUUGGUGCGUUCUACCCAAUCAGAACCAUGCAUUCGCCUUGCAGAGCUAGUUCAGCGAGCUCCUGUACGCCUCAUUUAACCCCUUGACAAGCUGCUGAUGGCUCCCCGCUGGGAGAACAAUGGAACCGAAACUUGUGAACUCAUAAAACUGUCAAAUCUCGCUACAAUGUAUCCACUUUGUUUCCGAUUCCAAUUGUCAAUAUAAAACGGGCUAAAAAUCUCUAAAAAUUCAUAUAAAAUCAACCGCAACACCAAUUUUCUUGCUUUUGGUGCCAAUCGGCUCAAUGUCUCUAGGACUCCAUGACACCUCCCCUGUCCUCCAUAAUCCCUCAAGCGAGGGAUUCUCAGGAAGUACUCAGGAAGACCCUAAUCCUGUCAAAUCACUCUGCCAAGCCUUUCCUCUGGUCAAUGCCAGGUGGCAGACUAUGGAUACAUGGACCAUUGUCUUCUCAUCACCAGUACUCAGGAUAUGCUUAUCUGCGCAUAUCUCCAGCUCUGCAUACUCCCCCUCCCUCUUCCAUAUGUUAAUCCUGUGUAACCCAACCUCUUCUUAAUGUAUUCAUGAUGUAACCUGUGUAACCCAACCUCUUCUUAAUGUAUUCAUGAUGUAACUGUGAUGUAUUUUGCACUGUAUUCUGGGACAUGGAGGGAAGUUUUAAAAGUUCAUGUCACCCCUUUCUCGCUGUUCAAUCUCGCCUUGAACCUGUUGCGCAAUAAACUUGG